CUUCUCACUGCGCGUGUCUGUUUGCCGUUAUGCGCGCUGUCGUGUCUGCUCCGCGUUCUCGGCCGAGUCUGACGUGAACGAAUCUCGACACAUUCUAAAAUUAGCUCACCCAUAUUCAAUAACAAGUUUAAGAAUACUAAGUACCUGUUUUGUAAAAAGUGAGUGAUAUCUUGGCGAUACGUAAUCGAAGAUGACGGAGUGUGAGGUUAAGUUAGAGCCGACGGAAGCGGUAGCGGGAAAGAAGGUAAAGGUGCAGACACGCUCACAACCGGUAGCGGGUGUUGGGAACGAGGACGUCGGGCGACUCGUUGAUACUAGUCAGGCGGACGAUCGCAAAAUAAUUCGGCUAGUGCGGGAUCGACGGUUACUGUAUGCGCGAAAUAACAUGCCGGUGGCUAGCUAUCACUCUCAAGUUAAGCGCCUCUGGCAAGAAGUCGCUAAACAAAUGGGGUGGACUGUUGCAGACGUCCGUCGCAAGUGGUCACACAUUCGCAACUCAUACUCGCGCCAUCUUCGCAAUGAGAUGCACGGCGCCAUCACCGCUAAGGGAAGAACUGUUUCACGAUGGUAUUUGGCCGAUGAACUUGGUUUCCUUCGAGAACACAUGGCCACAGAUACUCGUUUGGGUACGUCAUACGCGCGCGCGCCCACCCUCGUCAAGCUGGACAUGUCAGAAUCCCGACUGCCUCAAAAUUGUGAGCCGGAUGUGAAGAGUUUCCUCCAGAGCCCCUGGUUCGCCCUGAACCAGCCUCGCUCUGCGGAAGCGACACACGACGACAGCAGCAGUUCCGCCUUCGACCCCGAGGAAACCUCAUCCUAUUUCCAAUUCUUCCGAGGGCUACACCCGGAUUAUCAGGAAUUGUCCGCGCGCAAACAAAGACAAUUCAAACGACAAUGCUUAUUAUUCCUACAUCAGUUGUUAGACGAGGAAGACGUAAAGACGGAGGGCUACGGAGAAGACGCUAUGAACCUGUCGAAUUGGCACGCGAGCGACGACGACAACAAGCUGCUUGUAGUGAGCGCAGUGAGCGGCGCGAGCGUCGUGCACGACUAGCGCGUGCACCCAACCAGGCUCUGGUUGGCGAUGGGUGCUGCAAGAAAAUAAACGUUUUGUGAGAUUUCAAGUGAUAAUGACUACUUUUGACUACACACAGAAUUCAUUCUGUUAUCGAAGGUGUAAACUAAUGCGUGAAAUCAGUGGAACUUUCGAUUUUUAAUUGUAGUACCUAAUUACCUCAUGUGUGUGGUAAUGUUCCAAGUAGACUGUAUAAACUGGUAUAAACUACUAUUAAAUGCCUAAAAAGGGAUACAUACUUACAUCAUACCUAUCUAAUUUACUUAAUUUACCUGCACGCUGAAAGAAAGAAGAAAUAUAUGACAAAAAUAUUUGUAGGUACAAACAUAUAAAUUUAUCUUACAAUGAAUUACACCUACUAAUGGUAGAUUACCUACCUAAUGAGUUUUUUUUACAAUAAUGUCAUUUUUGACUCAAGCUUUUAUUGUUUUCAGAGAAAUCUUAUUACAUUCAAUGUACUUACUUACUUAUGUAAUAAAAUCAUGUUCGUGCAGUAAUUUGUUGAAGAGUUCCCAAGUCUGGAGCCGUUCCUGGGUGCACCAUCAGGUCAUCCAAACUGAACGUGUGUAUAAAAUUUCAGCUCAAUUAGUUGGUGAUAAUCUGCUGUUCCACCUGAGGCAGGGAGAUAGUGACAUACAUCCAAACUUACAUUGCAAGUUAAAUAAAAGCUGUAAAAAUGUC